AUGGUGUUGACUGCUAGACAAAGGGAUGAAUUAAAUUAAGCAAUACAUCAAUAUUUAUUGAUAAGCUAUCAAUAAAGUGCAUAAGUGUUUAAAACUGAAGCUGUUGUUAAGGAUGGCUAAAUUGAGGCUGAUUUAUUGGAGAAAAAAUGGAAUUCUAUUGUAAGGUUGUCAAAAAGAGUAAUAACUUUGGAAUAGCAAGUAGAACAAUUGAAUGAAUAAUUAGCAUAAGCUUAAGCUGGCAAAAUACAAUUUAAUAAAUCUGAUGAUGAAUAAAGAUUAACACCCUUUGAGAAAUUUAAAUUAGAAGGACAUAGAGCAGGAGUGAAUUGUGUGGCUUUUCAUCCCUAAUACUAAAUUCUUGGUUCAGCAAGCGAUGAUGGCAGCAUUAAAUUAUGGGAUUACGAAAGUGGUCAUUUCGAAAAAACAUUAAAAGGACAUACAAGUAAUGUAAAUUGUUUGGCAUUUGAUCCUACUGGAAAAUAUAUUUGUAGUGCUAGUAGUGAUUUAUCAAUAAAAUUAUGGGAAUUAAAAAACCAUACCUGUGUAAAAACACUUAUUGGUCAUGAACAUAGUGUAUCAACUGUUUAAUUCUCUGAUCAUGGAGAUUUUAUAUUGAGUGCUAGUAGAGAUAAAAGUAUCAAAUUAUGGGAAGUGUAGACUGGAUUUUGCAAGAAAACAUUCUCUGAGCAUCAAGAAUGGGUCAGGUGUGCUGUAUUUAGUAAUGAUGAAAAACAAAUGGCUUCUUGUUCUUAGGAUUAGAUGAUUUAUAUAUGGGUAAUAGAUAGCGGAUAAAUUUUGCAUCAAUUGAGUGGACAUGAACAUGUGGUUGAAUAAGUCAAAUAUGUUCCUGAACAUGGGGCCAAAUAAAUUCUGACUCAAUAAUAACAGCAAAAUAUUUAAACGAUUAAUCUAUUAGUUUCUGUAUCAAGAGAUAAGGAAAUCAAAAUAUGGAAUACUAUUUUAGGAACAAAUCUGUUUACAUUAUCUGGACAUGAUAAUUGGGUCAAUGGAGUUUCUUUUCAUCCUGAUGGAGUUCAUAUGCUUUCAGUAUCUGAUGAUAAGACAAUUAGAGUAUGGAAUUUGAAAGAGUAGAAACAAAAAAAGAAGAUUGAAAAUGCUCAUGAUAAGUUCAUUUUGAAAUGUGAAAUAAAUAAAUUUAUAUUCGCCACAUGUUCUGUAGACCAAACAAUUAAAUUAUGGCUAUUAAGUUGA